CCACCAAAAGCUCAAAUUUGUACCGGCUCCACCAGUGCCUGCUGGCUGCUGCUAGGAGUCUAGGACGUCGAGCUCUAUAUAUACAUUCCGCCCGGCGCCCCUCUCUGUCUCAUCGAACUCAAGUCAACCUCUAGUUCAGCUAGCCAGGCCACCGACAGGGCGGAGUUGAUGGACUACGACGUGCCGGAGUACCAGGGGUUCGCUGGGAUUGACGGCGACCUGCGCGCGCUCGACGACUACUACUUCACCCCCGAGCUGCUGGAGCUGCUGCUUCCCGAGGACGACGGGGGCUUUGCGGGAAGCUCCGUCGCCCGCGAAAAUCCCUCGCCGAUCGAUCUUCCACCGUCGUCUCCUCUGCCAACGUACUAUGCCGCCGGCAACCCAUCUGGGGAAGUGAUCGCGAGCGACGCCGAGAUGGCGUCAUGGCUCUGCCAGAUCUACGAGCAGGAGGCCCCUGAUGACCAUAAGCCGCGGGGCGCUGCGACCGCGACAACGACCGAGGGAGGCAACACUGCGCCCAGAAGCUGCGGCGGCACCGCCACCGUGGGCACGCCAACCACCAGCGUGGCGGCGGGUGGAGCAGCCGAGGGCAGACAUGGACAGUUGAGCAGCGGCCGGAGACGGUCUUGUUCGGGAAAAGCUGCAGAGCAGAGGCGGCGGGACAAGAUCAACGACAAGAUGAGGACUUUGCAGCAACUGAUUCCCAGGUGCAGCAAGACUGACAAGGUCUCGACGCUGGAGGAGGUCAUCAAGUACACGAAAUCACUCCAGCACCAAGUGCAGGUGAUGUCGGCCAUCCCGACGACGCCAAUCUUUCCGCCGCCGUCCUGCAUGCGGCUGCCUGGCUGGCAGGCCCCGGCCAUGAUGCCCCCUCGGUACCCGGUUUUCCCGACGGUGUACGCCUGUGCUCACCACGGUACGCCGCUGCCGCUGUCGGCGCCGGCGCCGCAUACUGGUCGUCAUCAGGUAGAACCUGCAAGAUCGUCCGGCGGCCGGCAGCAGCUAAUUGCUCCUCGUCGUCGUACGUCUUGUCCCGAACGACCUCGCAGGUAAAGCAUGCAGAUUAACGUAACGUGUGUACUGUACGUGAUCGACCAGGAAGGAUGAUGAUAUCGCGGGGUGCGGUCUUGCUGCAGCAGUCCGCGCCAGACGAUCAGCGACGCAGCGCCGCGCCAUGGCGAUGGCGCAAAAGAUGGACGUGUGACGCCGACGCGCAUGUCACACCAUAGAGCCGUCACGCUGUAACCAGUGUCCAUGUGUAAAAUGUCACGUAUGUACCCGAUCGCCUAUAACCAUGACGCGAGGAAGAAAUGGAAAAUGAUGGGCAUGGUCUCCCGGCAAAAA